GGGAACCGAAACUUUUAUUGCAACUACUGAAACGUGAACUGUUCAAAACAUUAUGGAAUGUAAUCACAACUGAAAUGUUUAGCUGACUUGGAAAAGGGAUUUAUACUGUUUUCUAUAUAAAAUACUGCUAUUGAACAAUGGCCAAUGAUAUAGCUUCUCUUUUUCCCAAAAUGGAUCGCAACGAACUCAUAUAUGCAGAAUUCAUUAAAGAUAAAAUACAAAAGAAUGGUGGUUCUCUGAAGUUCCAGCAUAUAUCUGGUCAGUUAUCUCAACUUGAGCACAAUGUUCGAUCUGCUAUUGGUGCAGGCUCUAAGGAACUCAUGAAUUUUUUAAAGAAAUAUAAUGAUCUCUUUAUAGUCGAUGAUGGAUUAGUGUCUCUGAAAAGUUCAUCAGGGGAGAAGGAAGCUUCUGCAACUCCAAAAAAUAUUAAUGUAAAUGGCAAAUCUGAAAAGGAAAGUGUGUUUCCUAAAGUAUUGAAUGACGUACCAGGAAUUGUGAUAAAAGUCCAACCUACUUUCGGUUUUAUAGCAAUAAAAGAGCCAAAAGCAUCUGUAUAUUUUACACCCUCUUGUUUUAAUAAUGCAAACAAAACUCUGUUGCCAGACCUUGGAAUUGUUCCUGGUAAAAAGGUGUGCUUGAAUGCAAAAAUUGGAAAUCUUGACUUUGAAUCAAAAUACAAAGCAACAAAAGUUUGGAUACCAGCAAAUGUUGAAAAUGAAGUGUUGCAUCCUGAGGGUUUUCUUCCUAAAGUUCCUAAAACUCGUGAAACCGGGCUUUAUGAUGCUGAUACAUCGGAAGGCAGUGGAACUAUCCAAAAGGUUUUUGACUCAUUUGGAUUUAUUAUUAUUGAUGGUGAUAAGAAUAACACAGUUUUCUUUCAUAAAAAUAAUGUCUGUAAUGUAGAAAAUCUUCAGGAUUUGACUAAAGUUUUUCAUCCCGGAGAUCUGGUUGAGUAUAAAGCGAUUCGUAGUAAAAAGCCAAAUAACAAAGUGCGAUGGGAGGCUACAAAAGUUUGGAUAAGAAAGAAAAGUAAAAAUAAAUCUAAGGAAAAGGGUGAAUCAGCUACAUCAGACUAUGAAUCAAUCGGUAGUCAGAGCAAGAAUUCUAAAUUACAGAAAUCGUCAGAUUUUAAAAAGACAGAAAAUAAAUCUGAGUCAAAAGAAAUUUCAAAUGAAAUUGGUAAAAUAUAUCCUAGUGCUAAAGGUACUGUGAUAAAGUUUGGUGAAAAGGAUUCAAAACUGGCAGAUGCUGAUUCUUGUCUCUUCUAUUUGCAUAAGGUUCAAGUUGAAGAUGUAAGCUGGGAAUUCAGUGAUGGAGAUAGUAUCAGAUUUGAUGGAAUAAAAAUUAAGUCACCUCCUGGCUAUAAAGCUCUGCUUGCCUGGGUUGGUGAUAAGCCUGAUGUGGUUCCAAUAGCUCUUGGUGAUUUUCCUGAACAUACUGAUGAGGAUAUUGAGGAUGCAUCAGAAAAUGAAAGUUGUAUCUCAAAAACAUCUAGUACUUCUGCAUUGUCAGAAACUUACUUAAAUUUAUCAAAAACAAAAGCACAAAAAGUGUAUAGCUCUACUUCAUCAUUAAUUUCUAAUUCUAGUAAAAAGUCACGUAAUAGAUCUAGGUCAAAAGUUAAUGAAAUUGAAAGACAUUCAAAUUACAAUGGGGACGAUUCACAUUCAAUUUCCAGUAAUUCUAGAUCAUCACAGUAUUCUGGAUCUAAUGGUAGACAAAGGAGAUCCAAGUCAAGGAAUUCAAGAGUUGAUGAGAUGAAAAGAUUUCCAAGUUACACUGAGGAAGAUUCUUAUUCAGCAUCCAGCAAUUCUAGAUCAUCCCAUCAUUCUGCAUUUAAUGAAAAUAGACAGAGAAGAUCAAAGUCAAGAAAUUCUCAACUUAAAAAAAAUUACAAAUCUAAUUCUGUUGAUAGUUCUCAUUCUCAGUUAACAAAUUGUAGAUCUAAAGCAUCUUCAAGAGAAAGUGUGAACUCAUUAUCUUCUGAUGUUAAGAUUAAAUUAAAGCCAAAUCCUGAUUUAUUCAAAAAUUGGGGUGAUACUCCUUAUCCAGAUGACAAUGACGAAGUAUCAAAAAUUUAUUUAAAAGCUCAUGGUCGUGAAGGCAUUCAAAGAAAAAACAGUAAUUAUUCCAGCGGAAACAUCAGCUCUGGAAAAUCUAGUCCAUGUUCUGAUGAAAUAGAUCAAGAGAUUGAAAAUACAGCUGAUAAUUUAGUUGCAGAUGAUUUUCCUAUUAAAACUGAUUUAAAUGUGAAUGAUAAAGUUUCUAAUAAUUGUGAUAAGGUAAAAUCAUCCUUUUCAUCUCGUUAUGCUGCAGAAAUUUUCUUAUCAGAUGAAGAUUUUAGUGAUGCUUUGGAAGAAGUUAAUGAAGAUACAUUAGAAACUGCUGCCAAUGACUUAAAUGAAGAGGCGGACACUGAAACUCAAGAAGAAAAACCUAAAUCUUAUAUCAAACGAUUUCAAGACCUCGAGGGUCAUGUGAAAAAAGUGUUUUGUAGAUAUGCAGAGAUUGAAAAUGAGAGAUUAAGAAAGCCUGGCACUUUCUUCUGGAAUGAAAUGUAUCAUAAUGGUGUUCCUGUACCUGAUAAAUUUGAUGAUUUGAAGGAAGUUGUUUCUCAUGGCCAGACUGUGAAAUUUAAUUGUUUUGAAAUUGUUGAUGAUGUAGGUAAUUAUUUUCUGAAAGUAACUGUUGCAUGGAAAGGAAGUAAGCCUGAAAUAACAGAAGAAACACCUGAAGAGUAUAUAAUUAAAAAUAAUAUCUGUUUUAGUGGUAAAGAGAUUUCUACCAGUGAAGAUCUGGUUGACAGGAAUUGCUCUGAGAGCAUGAGACCUCUUAACGUUGAGAGUGCUUUUACUACUACUUCUACUGCACCUCGAAAGUUCUUAACUGUUGCAAGUAUGAGUGAUGAUAAUGAUAGUGAUGAAGAAAAAGAUCAGUCGGAUCCAUCUGAAAAUUCUCAAGGUAUAACGUUAAAAGAAGAUUCUGACUCUAACUUGAACACUCAAGAAUAUGUCAGUUUAAGGGAAAAUAUCCUUUCCAGUUCUAAAAAUAUGGAUAUUCCACAACUAACUGAUGCUAUUAGCAGAAUGUUAGAAAAUUUUAAAAAUUCUCAGAUUGAUUCAAGUACAGUUGCAUCCGAGUUGGUUAAUAUGGUCUUGAAUACAGUAGGACCUGGAAACACCUUAAGUUCCCAAGCAAAUGCAGUUCCUUCUUUUGAAAGUACAGAAACAACUCGGAGGACUGAGAUGACUGAUUCUUCUGCCCAAACAAUAAUCACUGGAAAAAUAUUUUCAGAAAGUUCAUUGUUGGACAGCCUGAAACGACUUGUGUAGAAGAAUUUUUUUAUUCUGGAAUAAUUUAAGACUGCAUUGGGUUAAUGCUUUGUGUUUAAUUUCUUUCCUGAGCAUUUUUCUUUUGUGGUUAUGAAAGUUAUGCAAACUGCAAAGAUGCAGGAAAUCUGCAAUUUAUAUAUAUUUAUGUGUGGAAAAGUGUCCGAAGUACUCCUAAAUUAUUUAUUUAAAAUUACAUUUUUAAAUGUUAUGUGUAAUAUAGCUACAAUUGUUUUAUUGAAUAAAAUUGACAAAUAGGUGUUUGCCAAUUGUUUUGAUAUUUUUUUAUAGAAAGUUUUCUAAUUUUGUUUCUGUCUCUUAUUCAUUUAUUGUAUGUAUAGCAUGAAGUACUUUUCUAGUCAUACAAAUGCAUGAGUAUUGCAUUUUCUUUACUAAAAAUAAAUGUUGCAUUCAGAAUUUCAAACAGCAUAAGUGUUAAUGAACGUUGGAUGUUUUGGCAUGUUGAUGCCUUUAGUUUUAUCUUGCUAGUUUUGUUGGUAAUAGUUCUCAUUUAUAAUUCAAACUGCUGUAAGAAUAAAUUUGUCUCAAUUAUUUACAUAAUUAGAUAUUUAUUUAUUAAAAUUAUCAGUAAAAUUUUUAUGUGAAACUACAAAUGUGGGGAAUUGUAUUAAUAAUAAUAAACAAAAAACAUUUUUUUUUCCAAAUCUUGAUGGACUAUACAAUAAAGACAAGAAUAUGGUUCAAAAUGAAUUUAUUACCAAAGUUAUGUACAAGCAUUGUUACUUUUUGGUACGAUUUCCUAGGAGAUUCAACCAUUUUUUAAAGCAUUGGACGAAAUUUCCGACCUCUUUUCGAAGAACGAUGCAGUGAUUGGAGAUUUCCUUUGUAGUUCUCCAUUAAUUUAAAAUUACUAUUUAAGCAUCUGAGCCAGUUCUUCAGUUCAAAAAGGAGAGGAAAAUCACUGUUGUAAGCCGCAUUUUCAAUGAAGAGAGACGAUGAUUAUAAAACUCAUUUUAGAAAGUUUUGUUCAACAAAUUGAACAAGUCAUUCGAAAGAAACAGAGGAUAUUGGAAUUCUUGACAAUGAGCUAGCCGGCCAAUAUGUCAAAAUUGCAGUUUGGUGUAUGGAUGUUUAGAUAUUCAUACUCCAAUAUCCUUUCCUUAACAGAAAAUAAAGAGAACUUCCAGAUGAAUAAAAAACUUUAAAGGAAUGUUAAGUCCUGUAUGACUUUACUAGCGGCAACAUUCUUCGAAGAGAGGAGCUGAAACCUUGCACGCCCUCAUGAUUGGUUAAAUCUUCAAGGAGAUUAUGCCAAAAAGUAACCAGGUUUGUUUAUAACUUUGGUAAUAAAUUCAUCAUGUUCUUUAUUCUUUCCUCUUCUAUUUUCUAAUAACCCAUUGGAGCUUGGAAAAAAAAAUCAUACAAAUUGUGAUUUAAAAGUGGAAUUCAAGAACUAAAUGUUCUGUACUGGAUCUUAAAUUUUCUUUUUGCUGUAAAAAGUGAAGUAGGGCUGAAAUUUAUUGUUUGAUAUCUGCAUUUAUUUAAUUAGGGAAUGCAUGAAGCAUAAGAGCUGAAUUUUAGUCUUGAAUUUGAAAUAUAAGCCAUAAUGUUUUGAAUGUGAAACAUUUAGAGUUUUUGUUAUUUCUUGUUUAUUGUAACAUCUUGUUGUGCUGCUAUUUAUUUAAUUAGCAUUCAUUUAAAUUGGUGUAUUUAAUGUAAAUGGUAUGAUUAUUGUUACCACCUGAAUUUGGAAACUGAAUAUUUACAUUUUGUAUUUAAAAAUUCAGGUAUUAUUAUUAUUUGCUUUUCUCCCUUGAUUAAAAAAAUAAUUCAUAAGUUUUCCUUUACAUAUAAUUGCAAGUAUAAAAUACAUAGAUUUCUGUAUUUCAUGGUUAAAAUUCAUAGAUUUUAUAACUUACUUGCAUUUUAUCUUUUUAUAAAAUCUUAUGUGAAGUUCUUACUAUCAAAUUUAUGUUAACCCUUCUAUAUGUGUGAGAGAGAUAGAAAGAAUGAUUUUUUAAAGAUAGACGAUGUAAGUUUUGGCACAUUAAGAACAAAAUUGAUUGAUUUCCUAUUUUUAUGGAGUAGAUAUUUUCAUCUUUUAAUAUUUUUUUUAGUACAAAAAUUCACUUUUAUUUUUUUUAAUUACUGUGAUCUUACUUUACAAUACAUAAUUUAUUUAAGUAAAAGAACAUUGCAGUGUUUAUAUAUGCUUAUGUGAAAUUUUUUCUAGAAAAUUACAGAAG